AUGACGGUUGUUGGCAUGGGUUUCGUGAUGGUUUUCUUGCGACGAUACGGCUUGGCUGCGCUUUCGAUCAACCUUCUCCUUACUGCUCAUGCUAUACAGUGGGCACUUAUUGUUCGUGGCUUCUUUUCCCACGAAUUUGCGAGCACUGGACGUUUCACGAUCUCCAUCCUUGACCUCAUAACUGCUGAUUUUGUUGCGCUUACGGUUCUGAUAACGAUGGGUGCUGUACUGGGCAAACUUACACCGACGCAGUACAUGAUGAUGUCUGCUCUGGAAGUACCGGUUGCCGUUGCUGUAGAACAUUUCGUUCUGCGUUACCUUAAGGUUAAUGAUAUUGGCCGUUCGAUGGUGGUCCACUGUUUCGGUGCAUACUUUGGUUUAGCCGUAGCAAAAGUGUUCAACAAAAAGGAAAUGGUCGGGCAUCAGCAUGAAGGCGCCAGCUACAAUUCCGAUAUCUUUGCCAUGAUCGGCACGCUCUUCCUCUGGGCCUUCUUCCCAUCGUUCAAUUCGGCCUUAGCAAUUCCAGAAGAUUCGCGACAUCGUGCUAUCCUGAACACCUAUCUGGCAUUGUGCUCCUCCACCAUAUGCACCUUUCUGAUUAGUCAACUCUUGGAUCACGAUCAUAAGUACCGCUUCUCGAUGGCUCAUGUGUCGAACUCAGUUUUGGCCGGUGGUGUUGCAAUCGGAACAGUCGCGAACAUUGUUCUGGAACCAAUUUAUGCACUUCUGAUCGGAUGCCUGGCAGCUAUUGUCUCGGUUAUUGGAAACAACUACAUCAAGCCGAUCUCUGCUCGAGUGCUUGGUAUUCAUGAUACACGCGGAGUGGGCGGAAUUCACGGACUUCCUGGUCGUGAGGUGUUUCUCCAGGCCGGAUACCAGCUCGCUGCUCUGGCAUUUGUGCUUGUUAUUUCCAUCAUUUGCGGCGCCAUAACCGGUAACUUCUCUGAUGCUCGCUUUGCUUAG